AUCGCGCGGUCGUCCAUCUGUCCCCGCUGUCCCCAACGACGAGGCCGCCAGCGAGUCCGGGCGACUCUUUCGCAGCUUUGGCUUCGGCAUCCUCGCCCGUUCCCUGCCUUCGCAGGGUGUACUCUCACUGAGACGACGCUCUUUACACCUCACCAUCAUUCGCUCCCUUCGCAGCAAUGCACAUAAAGAAACAUGCCAAGAGGCAGGCGGAAGCUGAAGAGACCGCUCUUCCCACCAUCUCAGGCUUCUCCGGAGUCGCCUCAGCAGCGACUGCCUCAGCUUCGGGCCCCCUCUUCCUCAACAGUGACACUGCGGGUUCCGUUGGCUCUCAAACCGUACAGUACUCCAUCGCCGGCGCACGCAUCACUCUGACCUCCACGAUGUCGAGUUCAUCCACCUCGCCAACUACUUCGUCGACAGCAUCGUCAUCCGCCACCGCUGCCUCCGCGUCUUCGCGUGAUUCUGACAUAUCUAUUGGUGCUGUCGUAGGCAUAUGCGUAGGUGCCUUCGCAGGCCUCGGUCUGCUGCUAUUCGCUUUCUACCUCUACUCGAAACGCUCGAUCAAGAAAGAGACGAAGAACCGGACCGGUCACUGGAACAAACUGAGCGAGGGCGAGGAUAAGUGGUCGGGGUCAUCGCCGACAUCCCCGGGCGAGCGGGAGCUGCAGGAGAAGAACUCGCAGAUGUUCAAAAAGUCCUCCCCCAGCAUGCGUACCACACGCACGAAGGUCCUCGAUGAGGAUCAUGGCGGCUUCAACCUGCCCCCGCUCGAGUUCGCGAAGUACCAUCCCGGCCUGGCCAAGGAACUCGCGCUCGAGCAGCCUACCCGUCCCUAUGCUGCACAGCGCGGCGAGAGCGGGGUGUCGUGGGAUGGCUCGACGGUUCACGAGGAUUCCUUCCUGGAGAUGCGCUCCGUACGCGUCGACUCCGGCGCGGUGUCGCCGACCUUCGGCUUCGCGAAGAUGACUCCUGUCGCGGAGUCCUCCCCGAUUCAUCAAUGGGAGUCUGCGGAGGUGUUGACCAUGGCUGACGAGCACGUCGACGGCCCGAGGGAGGUGCAGAACCCCUUCAACGAUGUCUCGGAGCAGCGCAGAAGCGUCGCAAACCCCUUCUUUAACGCUCAGGAGAUCACGCGUCGCCCCACGCGCAGUCGCAGCAAUAGCCGCAGCCGGACGAGUCGAACGCGCAGCGUCAGCGAGGCGACGGCCGUCAGCCGCCCAGCCAGCGCCCACAAGUCCGAGCGCGUCUCCAAUCCGUUCUCCGAUAUCCAGGAGGUCCCGGUCUACCGCGUGGCUCCGCCUGAUGCGUUUGGUCACAGCCAUAACGACUCAGUAGCAAGCGGAAACAGCAUGAACUUGUUCGGCGCUCAUGCGAUGAAGUCGCUGAUCGCUGCGCUGGACUUGGCACCGGACGAGGUCGAGGAGCGUCUGCGCAUCAUGUCAAUGAGUGGCUCGACUGCAUCGCGCAUGUCGACUAUCAGCGGGCAGGACGAUGACGCCGACAUUGUUACUGUCCGCGCGUUCCCUAUGCCACCUGCUGCCGCCUACAUCGAACCUUAGGCCACCGUCCAGCUCCGCGCUCGGCUUUCAUGAGAGCUCCGUGACGCCCUUCCCUGACGUUUGCUCCGGCCCCCACCUCCCGGCACCUUUGUUGCUUUGCCCAAUUUGCCGCUGUGAAACCUGUUAUACCUUGCCUUCAUGACGUGCAACUGUGAUUAUAGCCUACUUGCCAUCCACCUUCGUCUUCCCGUGUCAUAUGACUGCCUACUUCUAUCGCGCGGCACGCCUGAUCUGGCAUCGCUGUUAUUCAUGACCCUCUUGUCCUCUCUCCCUGCUCCCCGGGACUUUUGGAUUAGACAGGAGCCUUCCUUCUAACUGUUCCCCGUGCCGCCCGCCCCACCCUUGACCACUACCGCCGUCUGACCGUACUGUACUAAUCCCUGUCAUGCCUCUGGCGUCGCCGCCCUUUAUUUAUUUAUCCGCCUGCUCAGGGCGGCGUCGUUCCUCUGGAGAAAUAGCAGAGUGAAUUGGAAUGCUUUCGAUGCAGCAUCAGUG